CAACCCAAUCACACUCUCUUAAAUUGUCCAGGUUUUGGCUUGUUUCAAGUCACUCAGCCCUCCUCAACAGACAUCAUGUUUUUUAGUGCCCCCCCUUUCCUAUUUUCCUCCAUGUGAGGCAUCCCCCCAUGUAGAAUUCAAUCAUUUUGGCUCUUCUUCCUUUCAUAGUUGUUUUUGCAAAGAGAAGAUGGCUCAAGAGAUUCAAGAAGAUUUUCAGCUUAAUGAGAUUGAUGAUGCCUUAGAUGGCUGUGUGGAGAGUAGGUUGUCUAUGUUCUCAAAGGAGUACAAUUUGAGGAGGAAUAAAUGGGGGAGUGUCUCAAAUGGUUGCCAUGUUAUAGAUCCUAAUGAAAGGUUUUACAGGUGUUGGGUGAAAAUCAUAGUGUUUUGGUCUACGUACUCAUCCUUCUUCACCCCAUUGGAGUUUGGGUUCUACAGAGGAUUGCCUGAACACCUGCAAACACUGGACAUGAGUGUGCAGAUUGUUUUCUUAGCAGAUGUGAUUUUGCAAUUUUUUGUUGCCUACAAGGAUCCCCACACUUAUAACAUGGUUUCCAGCAGAAAGAGCAUUGCAUUACGCUAUACCAAAACCAGUUUUGCUUUGGAUUUACUCGGCUGUUUUCCUUGGGAUACCAUAUAUAAGGUCACAAGAAGAAGUGAGAUAGUGAGAGGCCUUAUUUGGAUCCGCCUAUAUCGAACGCGAAAGAUUAUAGAGUUCUUUCAAAAUAUGGAAAAGGACAUCCGGAUCAACUAUCUAUUCACAAGGAUAGUUAAACUCAUCACUGUCGAACUCUAUUGCACACAUACAGCAGCAUGCAUAUUCUAUUAUCUUGCAACUACUUUGCCACCAGCUAGAGAGGGGUAUACAUGGAUUGGAAGCCUACAACUUGGAGAUUAUAAAUACAUCAAUUUUAGAGAGAUUGAUUUGUGGACCAGAUACAUAACAUCACUGUACUUUGCAAUUGUCACCAUGGCUACUGUAGGUUAUGGCGAAAUUCAUGCCGUCAACACUCGAGAGAUGAUAUUCAUCAUGAUAUAUGUAUCAUUUGACAUGAUCCUUGGAGCAUAUUUAAUUGGUAACAUGACCGCAUUAAUUGUUAAAGGAUCGAAUACAGAGAGGUUUAGGGAUAAGAUGACCGAUGUCAUCAAAUAUAUGAAUAGAAACAAGCUGGGGAAGGAUUUAAGAUCACAGAUAAAAAACCAUCUUCAGUUAAAGUAUGAGAAUAGCUUUAGCAAAGACACUGUUCUCGAAGAUAUUCCCAUAGCGAUACGGGCGAAGAUAUCUCAAGACUUGUACAGUGAAACAGUCAAACAUGUCCCUCUAUUCAAGGGCUGUACUGAUGAAUUCGUGAAUCAGAUAGUAACAAAGCUACAUGAAGAAUUAAUUCUCCCUGGGGAAGUAGUACUUGAGCAAGGGAAUGCAGUGGACCAAAUUUACAUUGUAUCAUAUGGUUCUUUGGAAGAGGUAGUCACUGGAGAAGAUAGAUCAGAAAAAGUGAUUGCUAGACUUGGUCCUAACAGUAUAUUCGGCGAAGUUGCAGUGUUAUGCAAUAUUCCUCAGCCUUAUACAGUUCGUGUUUGUGAACUGUGUAGACUUCUCCGGAUGGAAAAACAGUCACUGACUAGUAUUUUGCAACUUUAUUUCAAGGAUAACUCCCAAAUUCUUAAUAAUCUCUUAAAGGGUAAGGACACUGAAUUAAGAAUCAAGCAACUUGAAUUAGAUAUAACCUAUCUUAUUGCAAAGCAAGACGCUGAAUUGGCUUUGAGAGUGAACAGUGCUGCUUAUCAUGGGGAUUUGUACCAACUCAAAGGUUUGAUCAAUGCUGGUGCAGAUCCAUUGAAGACAGACUAUGAUGGCAGGACCCCUCUUCAUCUGGCUGCAUCAAGAGGAUACGAAGAUAUUGUGAUGUUUCUCAUACGACAAAGGGCAUCUGUCAAUUGUACAGAUAAAUUUGGAAAUUCACCGCUCUUAGAAGCUGUUAAGGCAGGGAAUGUUCGAGUCUCAAAAAUCCUUGUUGAACAUGGCGCAUCAAUAAAUAUAGAAGAUGCCGGAAGCUAUCUCUGUAAAGUUGUGACAGAUGGCAAUGUUGAUCUCUUGAAACGAUUAUUGGAAAAUGGCAUUGACCCAAAUUCAAAUAACUAUGAUCAGAGGACCCCUCUUCAUAUUGCUGCUGCAGAAGGUUUGCACUUAGUGGCUGAUAUCUUGAUCAAAACUGGGGCCAAUGUCCUCUCCAAAGACAGGUGGGGGAAUACACCACUUGAUGAAGGUCGAAAAUGUGGGAGUAAACCUUUAGUCAUGAUUUUGGAGAAAGCCAAAGCAGAUUGCAAGUGUGAUGAUACAUUUCUUUCUAACAAUUGCUGAGGAUUUGAUCUCAUUUACCAGAACUGUAUGAGUACCUCGGUGGUACUUGGGCAAACAUUGUGUGUAAGCUAGACAUGUUCUCAUUUUGAAAUUCCCAAUAUAACAAUUAUUGAAAUGUAAUUAAUAUGAUAAUAAAACUAAAUAAAUAUGCUGCCUGUGCACCCGUGUGUGAAGCUCUCUCUCUCUCUCUCUCUCUCUCAAGAAAUAUGUACCAUCCCAAGUCAAUGUUGGGGUAAUAUGAAGACAAAUGGAUCUUUACACGCUCAUGAAAAUUGUGACAGUGAAUUACUCAUUGCUCAA